CUCUCCAGCGUGGGGGCCAAAGGCUGGGGUAACCUGCAGAGUCUAUGGGGAGAGCCAAAGACGACAUUGAGAUCUGUAGACACAAGCCCCGGGGAGAAAUCAUCACUUCUAGGAGGUGGAACACCAACCCAUCAGAGUGAUCCUAGCCAGAAUAAACUGUUGAAGGAUGAAGAUGAUUGGGGAGGUUGGUCGGAUGAUAAAAAUUCAGGAUGGAAUAACGCUGAUGAGAACGGUGACGAUCAGGAGCUAGAGGACUGGCUCAAUGAUGAUGAAGAGGGCGGGUCAAGGUCUUCCAAACAUAAACAAUCUAAAAAUAGUAAUAAUGAGGACAAUUGGGAUGAUUGGGGAGAGAUUGACGGAAAAGAUAAAAAAUCGUUAAAAUCUAGUCAAAAUAUGAAAAAGAAAGAAAGUUUAAAAACAAAAAGUGAUUCUGACGGAUGGAAUGUUGAAGACUGGGGCAUUGACACAUCUUCCAAUAAACAUUCUUCUAAAAAGCGAAAAGAUCCAUUAGUAGGAAAUCUUUUAGAUUUGGACAUAAAUGAGAGUAAUAAUAUAGAAACAGGAGCAAAUAACUCUGGUUGGGACAAUGAUGUCUGGGCUGAUGGGGAUGAUGAUGAAUGGCAAACUUUAGAGCUGGAUAGUAAAACUAAAUAAAUUUUAUAUCUUGUACUGAAAUAACUUAAAUGUUAAAUGAAAUAUUUAUAAAAAAGCAAUCUGAAAUAUCUGUAAAUAACACUCUUAGAGACAUCACAAUAUAGUUACAUCAUUUGUGUUCAUUGUUAAGGAAGUAUAAGACUGGUAGUUUUGACUUACAGACUGUAUUUAUUAUUUAUACAUUCUGAUUCUUGCAGCUUCAUGUACAGAGAAAGGUUCAUUAGAUAGAUUUGAAACAAUGUGUAUCAUGCUGGACCAAUGUUCUCUAUUUACAUUGCCAAAUCAGACUGAUGUGUUAUCAUAAACUGUGAAAAUUGUUAAAUCCUUCAUCAUAAAACUAUUCACUGAGUUGAUUAUUUUAUUCUUAGUAAACUUGUACAUAUAUAUAAAGUGAAUAAUGAAACAUGAAUACAUUUUUUUUAUCAAGUUUUGUAAAAGCACCUAGCUUUGAUAAAAGUGCUUAAACAUCACAAUUAUGAAUUCAAUAUAGUUUUUAUCAAAUUAAAGCUUCUUUUUGGCUUUGCACUAUUGAGAGGGGAAAUAGAAACAAACAAGGUACCUGCUCACUCACGCUUCAUUAAUGUGUAAUCAUGAACCAGUAAUUGAUUAUUGUAACAUGGUUUGUUUAAAAGUGCAAUAUGUAGUUUAAUCAUUGCUAUAUUCUAUAUUAAAUUUGUUACUACAUGAAAAUAUCCCAAUUUCAUAUACAAUACAACAUGUACAUUGUACAUGUAUCCACCAUUCUUGUUAUUGAAUCAGUCUAUGAUUAUAUUUGAUAUAAUUUUAUUUUGGCCUAAACAUCUUUAGUAUUGUUUCACAAUGGUUAUGUUAUUAUUGUUCAUCAAGUAGUAUUAUUUUGUAAGGGUGUGUAUGGCUGAUGUUAAUUUACUACACAGAUUAUUGUUACUGUAUACAAUGCUGACUUGUUCUUUGUAAGAAAAUGUGGCCCUUGAAAUCUAUAUUUUAGUUUUACCAUAAAUGAAGACAGGAUUCAUCAAUAUCAAAAGAUUUCUGCGCUACAAUGGUUGUCUUAAUCAUUUUCCAUGAUCUGUGAUCUUUCCGGGACUUAUUAUUGUUAACAGUUUAUUUGUCUAUGUUCAACUUACUUUUAAAAUUGUAAGAAAGACACAGUCAUGUUAACCGAAAUACAUUUUAUUAUGUUUAAAGCCAGUUAUAUGAUAAAUCAUGUAUAUGUUUCAAAACAUGUAAAGAUAUGCCAGUUAAAAUUAAAAAGUUUUCAGCCCAGGGUACAUAUAAAAAAAUCUUGUGUAUAUUAUGAUAUGUAGACAUUUAAAUUAUUCAGUUAUUAUAAAUAAAACAACAGUUUGUACAAGGAUUAGUGGUAUUAAAUAUAAGAUUACAUUAUUGCUUAAGUUUGUUUUUAUCAUUUAUCAAAUCUUGUAUAUUUCAAAUUAAAUUUGAAAUGGUAUUCCUAUUGUUCCAUAAAAACAUAAAGUAGGUACAAAUUAAAUAUAUGACCUGGUGUAACAGAUAUUAGUUAUUUGAGAUAUAGUUGACAUAGAAUCAAAUUACACAAGAAAUUUGAUACUUAUACAGGUGAAUUCUGUGAUAUGCAUUAGUCAAGCAAGCUUAAAGGAACUGCACUGAGAUCCAAAGCCUUAAAAUAUUUAAAUUUACAAGUCUUAUUCUAGAAAGACAAUGUGUGGGAAUGACUUGAAAAUUUGCACACAAGUUAUUGCUUCUGACCUACUUCAGUUGGUACACAGAUCUAGGAAAAAAAUAUUUGACAUAACCUCAGUGGAGUUCCUUUAACCCUUAGCUUAAUACCUGAAUGGAUUUUCACAUCUUUCAAUCUGGACAAAACAACACUGAUCUUGGUCUGCAUUGGUAACAUGGGGAGAUUCAAUUGUCUGCAGCAGGCAGAUCUUGGUCUGCAUUGGUUACAUGGGGAGAUUCAAUUGUCUUCAGCAGGCAGAUCUUGGUCUGCACUGGUUACAUGGGGAGAUUCAAUUGUCUGCAGCAGGCAGAUCUUGGUCUGCACUGGUUACAUGGGGAGAUUCAAUUGUCUGCAGCAGGCAGAUUUUGGUCUGCAUUGGUUACAUGGGGAGAUUCAAUUGUGUGCAGCAGGCAGAUCUUGGUCUGCAUUGGUUACAUGGGGAGAUUCAAUUGUGUGCAGCAGGCAGAUCUUGGUCUGCAUUGGUUACAUGGGGAGAUUCAAUUGUGUGCAGCAGGCAGAUCUUGGUCUGCAUUGGUUACAUGGGGAGAUUCAAUUGUGUGCAGCAGGCAGAUCUUGGUCUGCAUUGGUUACAUGGGGAGAUUCAAUUGUGUGCAGCAGGCAGAUUAACGAAUACUGGUCCUACUUAUGUGCCAACUUGUGUAUAACUAUAAACACUUGAAUACCAGGCAUCUUUGUUUACCAUUAAAACACAAAAAUUGUCCAAUUGUUUUGUUUUUAAUUCAAAUUCAAAAAUGAAGGUGAAUAAGUCACUUGUUAACAGCUACAUUCUUAUUUUUACCUCAUUGUUUGAAGUAUUAUUCUUUCUCUACCAACCACAUUAUUAAUUUAAAUGUUAACGUUUGUGAAAUAUCUGUUAUUUUGUCCUCCCUUCAAAGAAAUGGAGUGUAAUGCUUUCACAUAUUGGUUGGUCUGCACCAACACAUGGUUACUGAAUUGGCUAACAGUUAAUUCUAGGGUAACCACUUCAGUACUCAUUAGUUUGGCCCUUCAAGGGAUCUAUUCCUCUGUCUGUUAACCUGACCAUGUCUGAUCAAUAACUAAAACACAAUUUAAUGAAAUGGAGAUGGAUUAAUCCUUUAUAUUUAGAAGUCAUUCGGUCAAAUGUCAUAGUGACAAUGACCUUGACCACAAAAGUUUGUGUGAUCAAAAACUAGGUAAAAGCCUUUGACCUUGAGAUAUCAGAUUUGUAUGUAAGGUUGGUCAUGAUGACCCCUAUCACUUUUUAGGUCAAGGUUGGCCAUUUAACAAAAGUAGUAUCUAAAACAAAUUGUUUUUUUGACCAACUGGGUUCUGCUAAUAUUCAUCAUGUUUAGUGGCAUAUAUUUGACAGGGUUAAAAGUGAAACAAGAAAGUAUAUUUGGUUAGUAAUAAUUCAUUAUUGUUAUUUUCAGUGUAAUGAACCACAUACUAUAUUUUGAGGAGAACAGUACACUGUACUUGUUUCCAAUAGCAUCCCUAGUUUAACAUGUUGAAUGCUGUAUAACACAUAAAAUUAAAAUAAAAUGAUAAUAUUGAAAAAAAAAAACUUUUACAUUACAAUAUGUUUGAGAUGUAAGUUUGGUAAAAAACAAACCAAAAGGACUAGUAGAUAUAAGAUGUGAACAAACAGAAGUAUCCUGUCAUACGUCCUUUCAUAUAAUAUAGAUUGUUUUAAUCCGUAAUUCAAUUUCACAAAAUUGUUUUAUAUAAUACACAGCUGGAAGUUUUACACUACAUUAAGUCUUUUGAUGGAUGUCUCUCUUCUAAUAACAUUUCAGUUAUCUCGUGGGACUUAACUGCUGCUGUAUGCUAUAAUAAUCUCAUUAUUGAAGAGUAUCCUUCUUACAGAUGAAAGCACAUUUGUCAGUAUAGCACAAUGGUUAUGCCCACUCUAACACUUUGAUUAAUUAAUAUACUUCAUGAUCUUUCAUCAAACACCAUAGGCUGACAAAAUAAUUGUGAGUUUCAGGAACUUUUACCUAAUCGUUUAGUUUUAUGUCAAACAACUUACAGAAAAAUAUACUGCUCAAAUAAAAUAGUAUUAAAUGAUGCAUAAAUAGACUGACACAUAUUAGGACAAGGUUUUCUGUAUUUGCCUGGCGGCUAGAAUGAAGUUACUGUCUUACUCAGGUUAUAAUUACACUUUCCUUUUGACAUUAUUUUAUUCUAAAUGUCUUUGAAAAUAAAUAUUUUUUGGAAUACAUUGUGAAAACUAUUGGUUGAAAAUAUUAUUACAGAUACAGAAAAUAAGCAAAUUUUCCAUGCUAUAUAUAUAUAUACAUGUAUAGUAGGUUGUGAUGUGAACUAUUUUCACUUGUGAGCUUUUUUUCCAUUUUAUAUGUACUGUUGGGACCAAUAUUGUUUUUGUUAAAGCAUAUAUGUAUUUUCAUUGAAUGAGCCAUGGCACCAUGCUUUCAGCACUAGAUAUUUUAGCUGUGCAAACAUUAAUAUGAAGGGGGACAACUUUGUUCUAACAUGUUCAUAGUUAUGCAAGAGUUGUGUAACAUAUAUUGAAUAUUGGUAUUGUACCUUGUAUGCACAUAAGUGGGAAUUUGUAAGGUUGCAAACAUUCUAAAAAAAGGUGUCAAUAGAUACUGCAUUUAUGUUGUUUACCGCCAUAGUUUAUUGUUCAGUUGUGCUGAUAUUCUGUAAUAAAGAUGUGAACAUAUUCUAGCAUCCAAAGAACUACAAAGCUUGAAAAUCAGUAUGAGUAUGUAUUUAUUGUAGAAUACUUAAACAAAAUUGUGUUACCUUGUUAAUGUCAGACUGUUACAUUUUCACAUUUGUCAACCAUUAUUGUUCAUAGCAUAUAAUACUUAAUAUCUUCACUACUGGACAAAUAUUUUUGUUUGGUUGGAAUAUUUGACACAGUAAGUAUAUAUAAGUAUUGUGUACUGAAAUCCCCAUGAAGGCUUCCAUGUAUAUAGAAUUAUUCAGUACUUUAAGUUAUUUUAUUAUGAUUAAUUUACUAUAAUAAUGUAUUAUUGAUGUCAUUGAAUAGUUUAGAACAAUUGUGACCAGAGAUUUACAUGUAUUUCAAGUUGAUGACUAUUAGUACAUGAGUUGUGUUAUAUAUAACACAUAUUAGUAUAACAGUUGUGUGUUGUGUUAUACAUAACAUAUUCUAGUGUAAUGGUUGUGUUAUAAUUAUAUAACAUAUACUAGUUUCUGUUAUAUAAAACAUAUAUUAGUGUAAUGGUUGUGUUAUGCAUAACAUAACUAGUAUAACAUUAGUGUUACACUAACAUACAUUUAAAUAGUAUAACAUUUGUGUUAUAUAUAACAUAUUUAUCAACAUUUGUCAAUUAUUUUAUGAUUGUUUUACUAAAUACCUGUUAUAAACCUGUCCUGUCUUCAAUUAGGAACAGCCAACCCUGUUUGGAUAAAAGGAUGUCAAUAUCAAAGUCCAAAAAUUGUUGAGUCAGGUCUGACAACACAGAUGUGUAGGCUAGCUUAUGUUUAUAUCUGUUAUUUUGCUGCUAGUUCUGGAAGAGUUAAGAAAAACUAUUUCAGUCAUAUUGUCUAUUGAGAUCCAUUUUUGUUUCGCAUGUCUACUUUUUUUUUAAUGAACUUUCGUUACAUUUUUAAAUGUGCAGACAUAUUGCCACAUGUUAACUUUAAUAAACAAUUUUAAUUUAAAUAUAUAAAAUUAUUGAUGGUAGGUCAGUAUUCGGUUUUAAAUUAUAACUUUUGAAAUGCCUCUAAGAUUUGUAUUUUAAAAUAUGAUUAUUAUUAAUUUCUUUUUUGUUAUAUGAUAGAUAAAAUGAGGAUAAUUGUGUUAUUUGCUGAGAAAAUUCAGAGUUUUAAACAAACUGUAUUGGAUGUUGUAUGAACAAUUUACAAAAACUGUUGCAUUUUGUUUGCUUUUACUGACAGGUACUUAUUAACUAAAAGUCUUUCAACUUGAAAUUUUCUUCUAAAGUGAGUGGUAAAUUAGAGCCUUGUGUAUUAAUCUAAGUCAGUUUUAUGAUUGGUGUAUGUUAAACACAUAGAUAGUUUAUGAUAAGAUAUUGAAUGUAACAACGGGUCUAUAUUCGACCUGCAUGAAGGACAGAUGGACCCUUAUCUGACUUAAGAAAGAUGAGUAGUAUUUAACAGCAAGAUGUAGCGUGAUAAUAUUACAAUGUAUUAUAAGAAUUAUUUAUAACACACAAAAAUGUAUCAAAAACGAUUCAUGAAGAUAUUGUAAUGACACAAACGUUGUAGGUGGAUUUAGAAGUCUUGUUAUUUUAUUGAAGAUAUUGUCUGUGAUGUGCAAUUAGUAAAGAAAGUACAGUUUA